UGCAGCGCGGCGGUUGGCUGUCGACGGCGGCGGCGCAGCAGAGUACGGCGCGUGUGUGGAUCCUGGCAGCACCGGCGACCUGGUGGCAUAUCGCAUCCCGUUUCCCCGUCAGUCAGUCAAUCGGUGUGCCUCCGUUCCGCGGUGUGGUCAGUGUGUCAAGUCAGUCCACGGGCGCGCGUGACCGGGAGCAGGGUGUUCCUUCCGCGAACGUAUAUUCAUUUUCCUCGAACUUCGAGCGGGUCGAUCCGGGCGCGCCGAGAUAUAGAAAAUAAUAACCCCCCAGAGAGAGAGAGAGAGAGAGAGAGAGAGGGAGAGAGAGUGAGAGAGAGAGAGAGAUAGAGAGAGUAGGUAGGGGAGAUAAAAGCACACGAAUUGCGUGCCGCUCCGCAAUUUCGGGCGACCUCGCGACGAGGAAGACGACGAGGAAGAAGAAGACUACGACAGAGGAUGGCGGACACCAAGGACGACGUGCAGUUCUUCGAGGGCGUCGAGAAGCUCCUCGAGAUCUGGUUCACCAGCUCCAAGGGCCUCAAGCAGCACCAGGGUGAUCUAAGGCAGAUACCAAGGCAAAAAUGGGAAUCGCUGUUGAAGAUGGUCCGUUGCGAAAUUAUAAGUUUCUGUCGCAACGACCAAGUGGAUGCCUACGUUCUCAGCGAGAGCAGCAUGUUCGUAUCCAAGCGCAGGCUCAUCCUGAAGACUUGCGGUACCACUACGCCGUUGCAGUGUCUGGAGCCACUUCUGGAGCUCGUCGAGGAGUACACAGGCUUUGACGACGUCGAGGUAAAGGACGCCUCUGACACGAGUGAAGAAUCGACGAGGAAUCGAGAGAACACGCUUCGGAUUUAUAAUGUUUUUUAUUCCCGAAAGAAUUACAAGAAGCCGGAACUCCAGAUAUCUCCGCAUCAGACGUUCGAGGAAGAAGUUGCUCUCCUGGAUUCCCUCUUUCCUGAUGGCAGCGCCUAUUGUAUGGGUUCUCCAGAGACGGAUUGCUGGUACCUCUACACUCUCAUCCGUGAUAAGUCGCUGCAGGAUCCAGAACCGGAUCAGACCCUAGAGAUACUCAUGACGCAACUGGAUCCGGAUGUCAUGUCAAUCUUCACCAGAGACGUUUGCUCGUCCGCUGACGAGGCGACAGUAAAGUCGGGGAUCGACAAGCUCAUCCCCAACAUGAUUAUAGACGACUUCCUGUUCGAGCCAUGCGGAUACUCUAUGAAUGGCGUGUCUAAGAAUGGCAGCUACAUGACGAUUCACAUCACCCCGGAGCCCGAGUUCUCGUACGUGUCGUUCGAGUGCAACGUCCCCGAGAAGUCCUACGACGAGAUAAUCCGUCGCGUGCUGAACACCUUCAAGCCGGACAAAUUCGUCGUGACGAUCUUCGCCAACACGCAGUCCGCGGCGGCCAAUUAUCCGCGCGACCUCAAGGAGCGCUCCGACUAUCUGAAUCGUACCGGGGACUGGCUGCGCACCAACGUGCAGUAUUGCCACUUCUCGAGCUACGAUUUGACCUGCGCCUUCUUCUCGCGCUUCCCGAGCUGAGGGUUCAA